UCUCCCUAAAAGAUAAAAACGAGGCGAAGGAAGAUUACUUUCAAUGGGAGAUUAUGCGGGCCUAGCGAUUUUGUUUUUUGAAAUAAACACUGAUCUUUAAAUUGUCAUACUUUACUCCCAGAGCGUUUUAAUUUCUAAUUUGCGAACUGAAUAUACCCGCAUAUUUCUCAGAUGUCUUGUGCUUAAAAGAAUUGCGUUUAGAUUAGAAAUUCCAAAGGAUUUUAAAUUGUGAUACAAAAGGAGUCGUAUAAACCGACGUCAUUUUCAUUGAAUGACAUGGGAGUAACUGCUGAAACUGACGUAGAUUACGGUCGGAUUUACGGCCCGUUUCCAGCCGUCGGACAUAUACCACAAUCUCACUUUAUAGGAUACCUUACCGCCGACGACAGACAUGACACCGGCGGUGUAAAGAUUAAUCUGAAUGACACUGUAUUGGGCAACACCUGGCUGCCGUACGUACACCCGGCUCGUACAGUAGAUGAACAGAAUAUGGAGGCUUACAUGAAGGAUGGAAAUAUAUUUUAUAGAACACUCCGAAUUAUUCGAGCCGGCGAAGAAUUGUUGGUUUGGUAUAGCAAGGACUUUGCCCAGAUUCUUGAGAUACCGUUGUCGAACAUCGUCCAGAGAGAAGACAAUGACACAAAACUUGUCUGUGACAAGUGUGGUGAAAAGUUCCGUUACAUCUUUCCUCUGAUGGCGCAUCUACGCUUCCGGUGCACAAAGGUCGCCGGAAGUCAAUAUUCCAGCAACAUCUCGCUCUCGCCAACAGCCAGUCACAGUAAUUCUGCAGGAGAGUCAGGGACGGAUAAACUUGCAAUGAAUAAGGAUUCAAAAGGAUUAAAGCGCAGUUUAGAGACUGAUCCUAUUGACUUGCAAAGAAAGAAACUAUUUUUAGAAACAAGGGAGGAAAAUAACAAUGAGCAAACACCUGGAACUAGUCAUGAAAAAAGUACCUCCCCUGGAUCUAUAAAUGCAAUCGGACAAACUGCGGUUAGAGAUAUAGGCAGUGCUUUUCGAAAAGUUGAAAAAUCUUUUGUAAGGGAAAACAUUUCACCAGUUGAAGAUAUUCAGCUCUCCAAUAAACAUUCACAUAGCUUGAAUGAAACGAAGAUGACCUUACACAAGGAACAUGAAAUAAUUGCAAGACACUUAUAUAAUAAAGGCAUGUUGCCACAAAGUUCAGUGACAAACGGCUUACCUGUCGGGCUUGGAAUGUUGAGUCCUGGCUGGAUGGCUCCAGUUUCAUCUGUUGCACACUCUUACUUAGACCCGCGCGUGUAUUCUGAGCGCGUGCAAGUGUCGGCUGUCAACAAACCGCAGAUGGUUAGUCCUGUAGGUAACAUAAACCAAGAGGCCAUUAGAAAUCUACAAAAUGGAGAUAUGUUCAGUAAACAAAUGUUAAUGGAACAAUUAAGGAAGUCCCAUUUACCUUUCAUGCCAACUGCCAACCCUAUGGUUGAAAAAAUCCUACAGACGGCCACUCCCACAAUGGUCCAACGGCCUAUACAACCCGUAUCAUUGGCACAGAACUGGUGCGCCAAGUGUAACGCGACAUUCCGUAUGACCAGUGAUCUCGUUUAUCACAUGAGAUCUCAUCAUAAACGAGAGUUUGAUCCAAUUAAGAAAAAGCGAGAAGAUAAACUACAGUGUAACGUGUGUAAGGAAACUUUUAAGGAACGUCAUCACUUGACACGUCAUAUGACGUCACAUACGUAAAGAACAGGUUCUAUUAAAAAACAGUAUGUGGAGUCAAGAUCACAAUGUGCCAAAUAAAAACAACUGCUGAAAUAUAUGAAAGCCAGACUGUUUUGUAUUAA